UGUCGCCGUCGAGCAACGGGGGGUGUGAGCGCUGCUGGUGUGGGGGUGUGGGGAAUCGCCGUGAUUUAAUUGGCGAUGAUUGCUUGGUGCAGUGUUGAACACUUAUUUCUUUGAGAAAUCGAAUGCGGUUAUUGUUGUGACAAAGAUACUGGGUGGAAGUGACUGGUGCCGUGCCUAAGUUGAGGUUGCAUGUGAAACGCUAUUUUGGCGCACCGUCGUUCCGCUCAUCUGCCCUCCAAGAGACCAGGUCCAAGGCAGCAAUGGGUACCUUGGAGGAGUCAUCGUUUACGAAUGACCAGGAUGAUACCAACUGGAUGACAUCCACCAACAUUGCCGGCUACGACUUCGAGUUCGAUCCGCCUCUCGAGUCCAAGUAUGAGUGCCCCAUCUGUCUGAUGUGCCAGCGCGACUGCGUGCAGACCUCGUGCGGCCACAAGUUCUGCGGCCCCUGCAUCCUCGCCUGGCUUAGGCGGGAGCGGGAGCAGUGUCCGCAGGACAACCAGCCGCUGACCGAGAACGACAUUUACCCGGACAACUACACACGCCGAGAGAUCCUGCAGCUGCGUGUGCACUGUCCCAACAGCAAGAACGGCUGCCCGGCCGCCGUCGAGCUGGCCAACGUGGACCGGCACCUGGCCGAGUGCGAGUAUCAGAUCGUACCCUGUCCCAAUCGCUGCUCGAUGCGCACCAUGAAGCGGGAGGUGGCCGACCACUGCCAGAGCAGCUGCCUGCGUCGCCUGGUCAACUGUUCGCUCUGCAGCGAACAGUUCCAGCUCAACCAACAAAAGUCGCACCUGAACACGUGCCCGCUGGUGGCGCUGACGUGCGAGGCGUGCCAGACGGUGGUGCCGCGCCAGGAGAUGCAGCACCACCUGGCCGAGGAGUGUCCACGCACCGUCGUACCCUGCACGUUCCACGAGGUCGGCUGCAAGGAGCGCAUGGUGCGCGACGACCUGCCCAUCCACCUACAGGAGAACACACAAAACCACAUGAAGAUGCUGGUGCUCUCCUACAAGAACGUGUCUGGCUUCAUGUCGGACCUGGGCCGGGCGGUGGGCGCGCUCUCGUCGCCGCUGGCCUCGCCCAGCCUGAACCGGCAGGGCAGCACCACCAGCUGCGCUGGCGAGAUGCAGCGCCAGUGGAGCUGCUCUUCCAUCCAGGAGGGUGCCUGCGCCAACACGGUCCACCACCGGUCCGUCUCGGUUCCGUCCGUGCCGGUGGAGGGUGCGCGGGGAGCCAGCGAGCUGGAGCAGCGCCUCCAGAUGGACUUCAGCAAGCUGGACCUCGGCAAGAAGUCCAUCUCACCGGAGAAGGUCAUCAAGGACAUCUGUGAGAAGAACGUGCGUCUGGACCAGAGGUCGCGUGAGCAGGCCAUCCAGAUCCAGAAUCUGCGCGCCCAGCUGAAGGAGCUGAAGGAGGCGAGCCGACGCGCCACGCAGGUGCCACAUGAGAUGCUGGGCCGCUGCUGCAACGGCACCUUCGUCUGGCGCUUCCACAACUUCAGCGCCGAGAUUCGGGAGAUGGAGGAGAACUCGGCCAAGGUGGUGCACUCGCCCAGUUUCUACACGGCCCCGUUCGGUUACAAGCUGUGCCUGCGUGCCAACCUGUACCAGCGCGACGGCGACCGGUACCUGGCGCUCUUCAUCCACAUGCGCCGCGGCGACAACGACGACAUCCUGGAGUGGCCCUUCUCGGGGCGGUUCAUCGUCUCGCUGAUCGACCAGACCAACAACCCCGUCCGUCACGACUUCACCGAGGUGAUGCUGACCAAGCCCGGCCUGGAGGCGUUCGAGCGGCCUCGCGACGACCGCAACGUCAAGGGCUGGGGCUUCACGCAAUUCAUGCUGCUCACCCGCGUGCGCAGCCACUACCUGCGCCGGGACACCGUCAUCGUCAAGUGCGUCGUCCAGGUGGGCAACGGUUACCGUGAGGAAGCCAUCCCGGCCGGCCGCUAGGAGGCGCCGGGCGCGCCCGACGGCGCAGCACGAAAGCGUGUCCGCGCCGCCGCACGCCGAGGCAGGUCCGGUCACCGCUCCGGGCUGGUGUCGGCCGCGACGCCGGAGUCGACAGGUCACCUCCAGAAGCCGCCACCGGUGGCGGUUUGACACCGCGCGCUCGACUGCGGCGGAGCCGGACCGGCGCGCCAGCGGAGGCUCGGUGCGGCGGUGCGACGGCGGCAGAGGGGCGGUGGGCCGGCCGGUCAGCUGUGGGAAGCCGCAUUCGGCCACCGCGCUGCCAGUCCUCUGGCACGUGCGGGCGAAGCGGAUGCGCACAGCUGGCUGCAGAGCUCACGCGUCAUGCCGUGCACAGAUGUCACGCCAGUCGAGGCGGCCGGUGGAUGGGGACGAGCGCCGUGUUUGGUGGGAGAUAUUGGUUGUGAUUUGAACGGACCAUUCCAAAACAUUUCCGAUUUCCUGGUUAUUCUCUGGGACAGCGCUGAUAGCAUUGCGAGUGCAACUGGUCGUGUUUGUUGCGGUGACGUUAUGGUUGUGAGUGAAUUGGCGUCCGGUGGCCGGCGCUCCGUUUAGUAAGCAGGCAGCCAGCAUGGUCCUCACUGGGCCCGAUUGUCAGAUUCGCGUGAAAGCAUUGCCGUCCGACGGUGCCUUUAUCUUGCGCGGUGGCCGCCGCUUGUGACUGCUGUCUUGUCCCGCCCGGGUAAGAGGGAGGCUGUUCCGCGUGCCACCGCAGCCGGGCCCCUUCUCGGGCCGAUCUGUACAGUCCGCUGAAGCUGUGUGACCUGUAAGGGGCGAGCCGCUCGCGCCGGUUACGAGCAAGCCUUACGAUGACGACCAUCGAACUGAGUGAGAUGCUGAGAAAGUUGAUUGCCGAAUCUGUCUGUGUCCGUGUGUGAGCCCGACGCCUUAAACCGCGGUGCUGUCGACCAAGCAUUAAGUUAUUGCGAGACUUAAGUCAUUCCAGCGACGCGCGGCUGUCGGUCGCCGCGCUCAGCACCGCCGUCCGUCGCAGGCGAAGUGAUGCUCAAGCUGUGUCCGAGGCCCCGGGGGCUGCGGCCGCUGGCACCGCGGCCGCCUCUGGUCCGUUCGCGGCGGCGGCCGGCGCGCUUGAGCCGCGCAUAAACAUGUUUUGAGAGGACGGCCGGACGCAGCCGACCGGCGGCCGCGCACCUGCCUCAAGUCCUGUUGCACGUUUGAUGGAAUCUAUUUUAAUGGAUUGUUGUGUGUGCGUGCACACUGUUGUUGGCGCACGCCCGGUGGCUGCCGAGAGGGAGCUCACCGCACGGGCUGCGCGGUGUUUUCACGGAUCACCAGCCAGGUGACGGCCCGCCGUGGACCCGCUCACCGAAGGCACCUGUGUGAGUGCACAAAACGCGGCGGCGGAGCGCGCCCCCGCGGGAAUUUGCUGCUGGUGUAGCGUUAGUGUUGUGACGUACUGUUUUGCCCAGCGUCGGCCGCGGUGUGUGGACUGUGGGCCCCGCGGUAGGUAGCUGCGUAUCCACUGUGAUUGACAUCUUCGCUCGCGGGGCUGCCCUUGGUUCUGGCAGUGAUGUCCGCCCUCUGGCUGCAGGCGCAUGCCAAAGGGACCUCGGCUUAGGUGCUGUGGGAGUCGUAACACACUUGUCUACGUUUCAGACCUGCGCUCUGUGACGUCACGGUUCUUUAUUGCCACGAUGUGUUAGUGACCUGUUCGUAGGCCGGAUGGGGGAGCGCUUAGGAGCCUCACCCCAGGUCAUGACCGGUAGAACUUCCGCAGAACCGCACAGUUGAGCGGCGUGCCCCGCGUUCAUGGGAAGAUGCACAGUAGCCAGGAAGCGGCUAUGCGGAUCUGGUCACCGAGGCCUGCCCUGACCCGCCUGACCUCACCCCUGGCAUUCUGAUCAGUUCGGGAAGGGCUGGCUAGAAAGUGGGCCUGACGCGGAAUCAGCGGAGCGCCGAGCGCGAGUCGGCCUCGUUUGACUUUUCUUUCGACUUGCGCGAUCAAGACCGCUUUCUACUGCGUUGGUACUCGCGUCAUCGUGGUCCGUAAUGGGAUGUGUUGUGUGUUGUGUUGCGUAUGUUUUGAUAAUUUUAUGGCUUGUAUCGCUGCUCAUACAUCUAACCGGCCGGUGAAAUAACAACGGGUCGCUCGGCGGUCUGCCGACGCUGGCAGCGUUCAUCGAUUCAUUUGUGUUCCCUAUUUUUGUACAUAGCCUAAGCUUGCGUGGCCGCGCGUGCCGUGCGGGGCGCGCCCCCAUGCGUCCGCCCAGUUACGGUGCAAUAAGAGGCGGCGAAUCUCACGUUACGCGCCGCCCGCAUGGGUGUCCAGAUAAUAAACUGUCGCGAAACCGGUCG